AUUUCUUAAAUUUUUUAUUAUUGUUUAGACUAGUUUAAAAGCUUAUGACUUUUUUUAAGUUGCCGGUUUUAUUUUCAAAUGUAGAGAUGUUUUUCAUACUGUUAAUACAAAGGCCUCGAUAUUUUAAGAACGGUUAGUACAACUGGGCGCCCAAUAUCGAUUUUGUUUAGAGCGUCGUCGUCGUUUACGAUGGAAAGAUCGUGCCCUAAAAACUAACACCAACAAUAUUAAGAAUAAUAAUAAUAAACAAUGUACAUACAGUAGUGACAAAUUUUAUCGACAAAAGAAGUGAUAUUAACAAGUUAAAGCAUCGAUAUGGGAUCAAUUGUUUUAAAGUCCCUUUCCAUAUUAUUAGGACUGUUUUUUAUUUUUGUGGGAUUUAUUAAAUUGUCCAGUUACAUUUCGAAAGAUCUGCAUAAAGACUUGCGAAAAGAAUAUGUGAAAUAUGCAAAAGUAUUUCCCUUAUCGGAAGCAAUGGAUUUUAAAAUCCCAUCCAAGUGGUAUAGGAGAACUGUGGGCGCUUUAGAAAUAAUUUGUGGAUUAGCAAUGGCGUUUGUGCCAAAUCAUAAAGUGAAGAACGGUGCAAAUUUAUGUUUGUUGCUACUGACGUUAAUGGCUGUUUAUUCGCAUUACAUGGUAGCGGAUAAACUCGAAAGGACAGCACCGGCAUUAGUAUUUUUAUUUAUGUUAAGUGGACGACUUGUUGUCUAUUAUCAGCUGACUAGAAGAGAACUUGAACGUCCAGAAGCAAAUGUAAAUGGCUUUAAGCAAGAAUAAAUAAGGGUGUAUAAGAAAAAUAUCAGACAGAAAGUGAAUCACGUCCAACAGACACGCAGGAAAGCGUCCACUGACGCAAGUUAUUAGUUUUCAAUAAAAGUACCUUACUAGGUGUACCUCUACUGUUUUAUUGUUUGAUAAAUUUUGCAAUUUAUUGAAAACUAAAAUGUCGUAAUUAUUCACUUAUUUAAAAUGAAAUAUGCCAUAGUUUAGAAUGCAAUUACAAAUUGUUACAUUUUUUAUUAAUGUUAUGCAAAAAAAAAUAAAUAUAUAUAUAUAUAUAUUUGAAAUUUAAAAAUCUUAGUUACAAUAUGUUUCUCACUAUUGCUCUGUGAGUGAAUAAUGUUAAGUAUUAUCAUUGUUCUAACGUACAAAAUGUGAAAUAUCCUGUUAUCAUAUUUAUAACCUAUGAAUUACUUACUAUCUCACUGCCACUUGAAGGUCAUAAAUAUAAUAAUGAAUACUAUACAACUUGUUUGUACACGAGAAAACCGAAAGGAUGUGUUAACUUGGCGACCUAGAAUAUUUUGCUUUACCUUAUAAGUAGUUGCAAUAUAAUUAUAGCAGCUUCACCUACAUCUUACAUUUUAUUCUUUCUGUUUUCAGCGUAAUAUAUGUUUUUCUGUUUGGAUGAAUCACAAAUUUAUUUGUAAAUUUUUAAAUUUAAACAUAUCUGUGUUUGGCAAUGGGUGACAUCUAUAUAUUUUUGUUCCAACUUUACACAGUUGGCUGUUUUGUACAAGUAUUUCGUUAAAUGUUUUUUAUCUUUUUAAAAUUAAAUUACAUUACAUACGUAUCGGACGCUGUAAGUAACUGUUUAUUAAAAGAUUAUCUAAAUUAUAUAAUUUGAUCGUUCGAUUUUAAAAAUUCUUGGAAAUGAUUUGCUAAUGCAAAGUGUAUUGUAUUGGUUGUUCUGUGGUGUAUGGUAUACCACGUGUAAACUGUCUUUGUACAAUAAUCAUCGAGAAGCACGCUGUAAUAAAUGAAGUUUCUUAAGAAGGUGACGCCAUCUUCUGGAAUAUUGUAAAUGAGUUCUCCACGAACUUCUGGACACAAUGGGAAAACUUAAUUAAAAUAGCUUUGGAAUUCAUAACACUUUUAAAUAGUACUCUCAGUUAAGCUAAUUAACAUUAGUUGUAUCGAAAUGAUUAGUCAAUAUACAAGAAAAAAAAGUCUAAUUUGUUAAUCAUGAUUCAUAAACGAAGUUUGUAAUAUGACGCUACUUUUAGAUUACCUAUACCGUUUUAAAUUUUGUUUCAUCAUGAAGUACGUAUGUUUUCACAGUUUCCACAGUGAAAGAUGCUAAUCGUGACAUUUCCGUCUGAAACAACUUUGUUGAAACUGUAUGUACCUACUGUUUCUGGAUAGUGAACUGAGCUUUAUUUGUAUUAUAAGGAUAUUAUUUUUUACUGAAACAUCGUACGUCAAAAUUGAUUUAUGUAAUGAAAGUACAAAUAAAAUUUAAAAAUCUGAAAUAGUUUUAUGAUGAUAUUGAUGCUAUUUUACAAAAAAUAAGUAAAUAAAUAAACACAUAUAAAUAAAAAACUUCAAAUUAAUGAAAUAUUUUCAAACGACAUUUCACAUUUUUCUAAAAAGGUUAUAAAUUUUUUAUGAAAAUAAAAUAAGUUUCCAAAUUACAACGUGUUAAUAAUUCAUGAUUUAGUGACAUACGUAGUAGUAUGCAAUAUUUACAAAAAUACUUUUUAGGGCAUGGUGUUAGGGUAGGUAGCUGUAUGUAAAAACGAAAAGUUGGUACUGGGUACUCCGGUGUGUCUUAAAAUGCUAUUAAAUUUGACAUCAUAUUCAAUAGUUGAUUAGUGAAAUAAAACAUUUCCAAACA